AUGUUCAACGCACCGCGGCCGACGCAAGCCCGCUCAAAUCUAGGGAACUUUGGGGCGAGCUUCGUCGAAGAUAACGACCCGCUUUCUGCGUCUGUGUAUGACGACGGACUUGAUCCAUGGAGCGCUGCGCCGAGCCCUUCGCCGCCUACUCUGCCUGUUAGUUCUGCGGGCUCGGGCUCGACUACAUUAUUUAACUCUGUCAUUGCGGACGCUAUCGUCCCGCCAAUAUACCAAGAGUCAUUCAGCGCGGUGGACCCAACCAAUGAAGGAGAGACAUCUGUGAACUCGCUAUCGAGAAUCUUGGGAACAUCUGGUCUCGCGGCUUCCACUAUCGAGAAGAUCAUCAGCUUGGUUAGUUCGCGGCCUCGUGUGUCCAAGCUCGAAUUCUUCGUCGCUUUGGCUUUGGUAGCCUUAGCUCAGUCUGGAAAAGAUGUCAGUAUCGAACAAGUCGCCAAACUCGCAGAACAGAAUACCCUACCCGAACCAUCACUCGACCUCAGUCAACUUUCUACAGCCCCCUCCACAUUCACUUUCAACCGUCAAACAAGUAACCCUGUCCUCCGCGCCCCCGCUCCUCCCUAUUCUUCUGACGAUCCUUGGAGCGCUCCUUCCCGCAUUGGCGCUGGUGGAGGGACGUCGAACGGAAACGAUGUAACUGGGCAGACGGCUCUCACAAAUGGAGCUCCAUCGACUGUGGCAGGAAGUGGAUUGCCGCGAGAGUGGUGGAAGAGGCAGGAGAAGGUCGCGGUGAAUUUUGGAGGCCUGCAAGGAUUCAUUUUGAAUCGGUACAUGGUGUAUGACGUAGUCACCGAUCGAGGAGCUACCGUUCCGAGACGAUACUCGGAGUUCGUGUUUCUGUUCGAUUGUCUCGUCCGCCGGUAUCCCUUCCGGAUAAUACCACAGUUACCCCCCAAACGGAUAGGACCCGAUGAGAAUUUCCUCGAACAGCGACGGAAAGGGUUGCAACGAUUCAUGAACUUCGUCGUGAAUCAUCCGAUCAUCAAGGACGAUGGUCUCCUGGCCACCUUUCUCGCCGAGCCCUCAUUUGAACAAUGGCGGAAACACUCAGCCAUCUCUCUGGAGGAAGAAUCUGCUAGUAAACGUGUGGACCGUAUCGAGGAAAUGACUAUACCCAGCGAUUUGGAAGAGAAACUUGGGAAUGUGCGAGGGAAGAUAGUACCGCUGAUCGAGGCCUGGCAAAAGAUCAGCAUCCUCGCUGAGCGGAUAAUCAGGAAGCGCGAAGCAGCAGCGGUACGAAUCCCUCCGAACUUGAGGCCUUCCUACCUACCGACUCACUUCUUCUCAUCAUCCGCACCGGCCUCCCCCACAUCCUCAUCCUCCGCCUCCUACUCUUCAUCCAACAAUCGCCUCCUCUCCUCGUCCGCGUCAAUCUUAUCAUAUGACUCCACGCGUUCACGAACAUCUAAUUUCUUACACGGUCUCGCGCCCGCUGCAAUUUUCGCUUCCGGGAAUGGGUUGCCGACUGCGUCUACCGCGUCGUCGGACGUGCAGGCUGAUUUGGCGAGGUUGACGAAUACGUUUAAGGUGCUUGUGGAGGUUAAUGGGCAGUGUUGGAGAGGAGGGGAGGAAUGUGAGCUUUCGGAGGGGGUGAAGAGGGGUGUGAGAAGUGUAGCAGAGCAUACGCAGAGAGAGACGGAUCUGCUUGAGCAGAGGACACGGACAUUGCUCAACUCGACAUUGGAGGGUAUCAAGUCCCAGCGUGAUCUGUACAUUGCCAUGCGCGACUUGUUCAUCCGCCAUGACCGACUAUCCGUCGAUCAAGUCGAACGGCUCAAAAAACGCGUUGAUACGACCUCCGUCAAGCUGGAGGGUAUCCGGGCUGUGCAGAAGGAAGGGUGGGAGGUGGAGGCAGAUAAACUUGCAGGAGCCAUGGAGAAGGAUAAGGUCACGAUCACGGCACAGCUCAAUCGAAGGGUGUUUAUCAGGGCUUGCAUGUGGCACGAACUGCGAGUCGUGCUCCAUAACAGGGAGAAUACACUCCUGACCCAGCUCGUUCAGGCUUUCGCGCGCGAAGAACAAGAUUAUGCGGACAGCGUGGCGGCGAAUUGGGCGUCGUUGGUUGAUGCGGUUGAGAGCAUGCCUCUUGAGUGA